UGCUACUACUUCGCCAAUUUUAUCUACAAUUACUUUAAUCAAGGGAAGGAGAGGGCGGCAAGGUAGAGAAGCAUAGCUGGUCAACAAUGGCCUUGCCUCUAACGACCAGCGCUUGUGUUUUCCGGCCGUGUCGGACAGUAACGAGCUUUAUGGCCCGUAUUGUGACAGAUCCAACAUUCCAUCGGAGGUCUUGCUGCUCCAGGUGGACCUCCUCGGCCUCUUCCUACACUCCUGCUGACCGUCAAGCUCUCCAAUUUAGACGCCAACUCUGUUACCAACUUGUCGCUGAAGCUUUUGAACGCUGCUGUCAAAUCAGGCUGGACUGCUGGAUUCGCGUAAUGAAAGCUGGAAUAUCAAUUGGCGCGGCUGCUGUCAUGGCGGCUACAUGUUCCCAUCUGGCCAGGCCGUUAAUCAGAAAAGGAAUGGCGUCUCGUUCCGUGAGAGGUGUUGGUGAAAGACGACAUAGUCGAAAUUUAUCUAGCGCAUACUCCAUCCCCGAUUCAUUUGGCUGUUGA